AUGGUGGAUGCAAAAAUAAGGGAAGGCUCAUCCUCCCCUCCUCCCUUUUCCCCUCCUCCCCUCCUCCCUUCUCCCCUCCUCCCCUCCUCCCUUCUCCCCUCCUCCCCUCCUCCCUUUUCCCCUCCUCCCCUCCUCCCUUCUCCCCUCCUCCCCUCCUCCCUUCUUCCCUCCUCCCCACUCCCUUCGCCUCUCCUCCCCUCCUCCCUUCUCCCCUCCUCCCCUCCUGCGCUCCUACCAGAGAACUUUGGUUUCGAGGGGUUGGUGCAUGUGACAUUAUCAGGCGCGGUGCAUCACGGCAACAAGGGCGUGGAGGUGUGGCUGCAGACCUUCGCCCCGGGCUACUCCACCAACGUGCGCUCACAGGAGCAGGACACAGUGGUGGUGGUGCUGAAAGGGGAGGGUGCGCUGCGCUUCCGCCCCAACAGCACCGACCAAGUGUCGCCGGCACCCUUCGCCUCCACGCCCUUCCACGUGAACUCAACCGUCAUCAUUCCGCACAACACCGUUCACCAGCUCGUGAACAGCGGCAAGACGCGCCUGCAAUUCCUGCACAUAUUCGGCAAGCCGCCCAUCAAGUUCAGGGAGUUCACAUCGUGGGAGGAGGCUCAAGGCAAAAAAGUAUUCCCAGGGCCCUUCGACCGCAAGUGCCUUCCUGGCAGCUUCUUCGGCGGGCACAGGGCCCCGCCUAGCCGGGAUGUGUGA